AAAUAAAUUAUGGUAUGUUCACACAACGGAAUACUACACAUCGAUAAACAACAAUGGUGAAUCCAUGAAACAUUUCAUAACAUGGAGGAAUCUGGAAGACAUUAUGCUGAGUGAAAUCAGUCAGUUGCAAAAGGACAAAUAUUGUAUCAAGACCACUAUUAUAAGAACUGGAGAAAUAGUUUAAGCAGAGAGAAAAUGUGCUUUGAUGGUUACGAGACGGGGGAAAGAGGAGGGAGGGAGAGGGGUAUUUACUAAUUAGAUAGUAGAUAAGUCUUAUUUUAGGCUAAGGGAAAGAGAAUACACAAUACAGGAGAGGUCAACACAACUAGACUAAACCAAGAGAAAAGAGCAAAGAAGUUUCCUGAAUAAACUUAACGCUUCAAAGGCCAGAGUAGCAGGGGUGGGGUUUGAGGAACAUGGUUUCAGGGGACGUCUAAGUCGAUUGGCAUAAUAAAAUCUAUUAAGAAAACAUUCUGCAUCCCACUUUGGAGAAUGGUGUCGGUGGUCUUCAACGCCAGUGAGUGGCCAUCUUAGAUGCAUCAAUUUGUCUCAACCCACCUGGAGCAAGGAAGAAUGAAGAACACCAAAGACACAAGGUAAUUAUGAGCCUAAGGGACAGAAAGGACCACAUAAACUAGAGACUACGUAAGCCUGAAAGCAGAAGAACCAGAUGGUGCCUGGCCACAACCGAUGACUGCCCUGACAGGGAACGCAACAGAGAACCCCUGAGGGAACAGGAGAGCAGUGGGGUGCCAAAAAAAAAAAAAAAAUGUAUACAUCAAGGGACAUUAUCAAGAAAGUUGUGAGAUGACCUAGAAAAUAGAAGAAAAUUUUUGGAAAUCAUAUAUCUGAUAAUGGUUUAAUAGCCAGAAUAUAUAAAGUACUCCAAUAACUCAGCAACAAAAAGACAAAGAACUCAAUUAAAAAAUGAGCAAAUGACCUGAAUAAACAUUUCUCCAAAGAAGAUAUAUAGGUCCAAUAAGCAGAUGAAAAGAUGUUCAAAGUCAUUAGUCAUUGUUGUUAUAUUGUUAUUCUUAGCUGUCAUUAAAUUGGCCCCCAACUUAUGGUGACCCCUGCACAAAGGAACAAAUCACUUGCAGGUCCUGCACCAUCCCGUGACCAAUUGUGGAUUGUACCCUUGUAAUCCAUAAGGUUUUCAUUGGCUGAUUUUUGUAAGCAGGUCACUAGGCCUUUCUUCCCAGCCCAUCUUAGUCUGGAAGCUCCACUGAAACUUGUUCAGCAAUCAUAUCAACACACAAGCAUCCAAUAAUCUUAUUCUGGGAGCCAUUAUUUCAUUUACUCCUCUAUUGGGAGUGUGUGUGUGUCUCUGUGUGUGUAGUGUAUCUACAACAUAGGUGCAUAAUACAGUGUAACAUGAGAUACUGACAAAGAUAUAUUCCUGAUGUCCAGAGUUUAGUGAUGUUUUGUAAUUUAUUGAUUCAUUUAGAUGCUGGCACAAAAUGUGUCUUGCCUAAUGAGACUUCCAAAGAAUAAUUAACAGAUAUCCAAGACAUUCUCCCUGAAGCAAUUAUAUGCAUUGUGUUUAUUUUUUAAUCAGAGUAAAACUUCAUCAAAAUGAGCCUCAAGAGGAUUAAAAAAAAACCAAAAACACUUAAAUCCUUCCUUCAACAACCAGUGAGGAUUAAAGCAGGAGGAAGACAAAGCAGAUCCUCCAUUAAGGUGAGCAGAAAACAGUGAUCUCUGGAAACUUUCUCGGGACAUACACCUUAAAUCGGAUCAUCACCAAAGACUUUGAAGGACCUUAUGCUCUGCAAAACUCUUUCUUCCUUUGCAACGUACUUUUUUUUCACCAGUUGGAUUAAUGGGCAUGAAAGACUUCUUGUACAGUUGCUGAUAUUCUGCGCUGUGCGUUGUUCAGACCACCUUAGUUUUCAAAUUAGCUUGCUGUGUUAGUCAUUUGGAAACCCUGGUGGCGUAGUGGUUAAGUGCUACAGCUGCUAACCAAAGAGUCAGCAGUUCAAAUCCGCCACGCACUUCUUAGAAACUCUAUGGGGCAGUUCUACUCUGUCCUAUAGGUUUGCUAUGAGUCAGAAUGUGCUCGACGGCACUGGAUUUGGUUUUUUUGUGGUUUGUCAGUCAUUUAUGUCAACAGGAACCUUUGUCUAUUUAUUGUAUGGAACUCCCAUUCAAUUCUUCAUCUCCUAUCUACUCAGGGUGCCCUUAAUGGGGAGGCAGCAUGCUAUUAUGCAUAAGAGAACAUAUGGUAAAAGCAUACUGUCUGUAUUUGAAUUCUGACCCCAGCACUUAUUAGCUGAGUGACUUUUGAUAAGUUUUUCAACUCUCUGUACCUCAGUUUCUUCAAUAUCGUAAGAGAAUGGUGAGUUUACCUCUUUCCCAGGGUUAUUGUGUGAAUCACGAGUUACUAUAUGUAAAGCAUUUAGAAAAGUGCCUAGCACGUAAUGAGAUCUUUAUCAGUAUUUGCUAUUCAUUUGUAGUCUUCUUUCUGCUGAGCCUCUUUACAUGACUCACCAUUAAAGACUCAUAAUCAGAAUGGCCAGGUCCUUUGUGUGCAGAAGAGGUAUGUAUGAUCAGGAGAACAUUUAGAAAGAGUGAUUCAACAGGCAGAAAUGACAGAUUGGAAAAUGCGUGCUAAGAUAUUAUUAAAAAAUUCUGAGUUAAAAAUAUUAUAACAUUUAUCUUUUGCAAUGGGUUAAAAAAAAAUCCAAAUAUGUAGUGAGAAGUUUUGAAACAGAUAUUUAAUGGUUGGAAGUUUCCUAAUCACUGUGUGAUUUUUUUACUCCACCAACAAUUUGGAAAAUCGCUUCAUACCUUUCUACUUUAAAAGCUGUGAUGAUUGGUAAUAAGGUGAGAUUUCUGGUUUACGUACAGAUGUUGGUUUUACAAAAUAUUUGAAAUUUUUAGAAAGCUGAAAUAUAAUUUAUAGCUUUUUUGGGAUAUGUAAAAUGACCUUGGUCAGAAGAAGUAGUCAUAGUAAAAACCUAUUGCCGUCGAGUAGAUUCUGACUCAUAAAGACCCUACAGGGUAGAGUAGAACUGCCCCAUAGGGUUUCCAAGGAGCAGCUGCUAGAUUCGAACUGAUGACCUUUUGGUUAUCAGCUGAGCUCUAAACCACUGGAGCACCAGGUCUCCAGGUCAUAUUAGCUGCAUCAAAACAAUCAUUUCAUAAAAUCUUCUCCCUUUUUAAUUAUACUUUAGCAAAGCUUCAAUGAACCUGUCUGUGAGUAGGGUUUUGGUUUGGUGGAGGAAGGAGUCUCUAUUUAAAAUUUAUGACAAAGAAAUGUCUCUAUAUCUCAUGUAUUAUGUUUUAAGUUCCCUCAGAAGAUAGCAUCUCAAGCAUAAUAACAACUGAUGUUAUAUCUCACACAGGUAACUAAGAUGAACCAAAUGGAGAAACACAAUCAUACGGCAGUGACUGAGGUAACUGAAUUUAUUCUCACGGGCAUCACUGACAACCCAAGGCUGCAAGCACCGCUCUUUGGAAUCUUUUUCUUCGUAUACUUAGUCACGGUGGUAGCCAAUCUGGGCAUGAUUAUCUUGACCCAUUUGGACUCCAAGCUACACACUCCCAUGUACUUUUUCCUUAGGCAUUUGUCUAUUACUGAUCUUGGUUACUCCACUGUCAUUGGUCCUAAAAUGAUGGUAAACUUUGUAGUACACAAAAAUACAAUUUCCUUCAAUCGGUGUGCCACCCAGCUAGCAUCCUUUGGGAUUUUCAUCACCACUGAACUGUUUAUUCUGUCAGCAAUGGCCUAUGAUCGCUAUGUGGCCAUCUGCAAACCUCUUCUCUAUGUGGUGAUCAUGACAGAGAAAGUGCGCUGGUUGCUUGUGCUUACUCCCUAUCUCUACAGCACAUUUGUGUCCCUAUUUCUCACAAUUAAGUUAUUUAAAUCAUCCUUCUGUGGCUCGAACAUUAUCAGCUAUUUUUACUGUGACUCUCUCCCUCUGAUGUCCAUGCUGUGUUCUGACACACAUAAAUUAGAAUUGAUCAUUUUGAUCUUUUCAGGCUGUAAUUUGCUCUCCUCCUUCUUGAUUGUUCUUGUAUCCUACAUGUUUAUUCUUGUGGCCAUCCUCAGAAUGAAUUCAGCUGAAGGAAGGCAUAAAGCCUUCUCCACCUGUGGCUCCCAUCUGACAGUGGUGGUUGUAUUCUACGGGACACUAUUGUUUAUUUACUUGCAGCCUAAAUCCAUCCAUACAUUUGAUAUUGAUAAAAUGGCUUCUGUGUUUUAUACUCUGGUGAUCCCUAUGCUGAAUCCAUUGAUCUACAGCCUAAGGAACAAAGAAGUAAAAGAUGCCAUAAAGAGAACAUUAAGUAACCGAUGCAAAAUUCUCAAUAUAUUUUAAUAUUUGCUUAUGAAGGUGGGUCCAGUAAUCUUUGUUUAAUAGUGUUAGUUCAAUAAUGGUAUUAAAUGUGAAACUAUUUUAUCAGUUGUUUUUUGUUUGUUUGUUUGUUUCUGAACAAAACACUUUGUCUUAUAUCUCCCUAUACUCUUCCUCUUCACUUCAAUAGAUAUAAAUAUUGUAGCUAGAUAAUACCCCAAGUAAUUUGUAAAGUCAUAAUGCAACCCUCCAUUAUUUAUAAAUAAGACAAACCAUAUCAAAUUUGGGUUAAAUGUAGGCUUACAAAGAUAAAUUAGCGUAAAAUAGCCAAAAUGGAGCAACAUUAACCAGAAAUUUAGUAUUAUAUAUUUUAUAGUGGUCACUGGGUAUUAAAGAUAAGUAAGGUUGAACCCUGAAGAAUAUGUACACUAGACAAGAAGCAGGAAAUAGUAACAAGUACUCAUUACACAAAAUGAAAAUUAUGUUUCAAGAAUCUAGGCUAAAUACAGAAACAAAAUAUGUCCCCUCAGGCUGUGGUUUUCAAUCAGGUCGAUUUAAUAUUUUAUAUGUCAAGGAUGGAGUAAGAAUCAGGAAUAGUUCUCAUUCCGAGCCAUGAGAAAAAUGCUGAAUAGUUCUAGAUCAGCCUGGAUAGAUCCUCACACUAUAGUCUCUUCUGGUUUAUGUGAGCUUCCAAAUGAACAAGCUGACUUAAAUUUUGUAAACCAAGUUAAGUGACUCACUUGGCUAGUUAAAAGAGUUGUAUCAGUAUAUUUUGAAGUCAUUGGCAGUGAUAACACAGCAAAAAGAUAACUGAUACGCUCAAUCAUUAACUGUGUUUUCAUUGCGACUAUAUUGUCUACUUCAUGAGCUUGUAUACACAGCAAUCUUACCUUAUGUGCACUCUGCUAACACCAUGCUUAUUUCACAGGUAUACUUGCUCAGCAAAUAAACCAUUUCCUUACACUUUAGUGUUUUCCUCAUCAUUUGAAUGGGCAUUCUCAGAUUUUUUAAAUAUAUUUACUAACUUCAUGGAGCUUGUUUUAAUCUGCCCUAAUAUUUAAAGUGAACAUUUAAGAAAUUGAAUCAGAAUUUGAACCAGUGACUCUUGAUCCCAGACGCAUGCUUUUUCUGCUUCUUUUAGUGUACUAUAUUUUAUUAAAAACAUAAAUCGAACAUAAUUAAAGAAAUACAAAACUACAUUCCCAAUCAAAUCAAUUUUGUUUACCAUGGUAUCUUCAGAUCCUAUCCCUCAGCAUGGUUAAUAUUAUGAGCAAUUUUUAUUUUCUACAGUUAUAUUUUAUGUCAUAUUGCACAGAUUUAACCUGUAUUUUUUUCCUUCCUCAAAUUAUAUCAUCCCCAUCAAUUUUUACAACCAACAGAGAAAGUUAAAUAUCAAUAGCAUUCUUCAACAUCAUCCAUCUCAAAUGUACUUUAAAAAUAUCAGACAUCAAUUUCUCCACAACUUGCUUUUCUUACUUAAGACUGAAUCAUCAUCAUCAUCAUCAUCGUCAUCAUCCUCAUUUUUCUUGGUCAACAAAUAUUAAAUAUUUUUCAUUUUUAACACCAGCGUACAACUGUGGAGCAUAGCUCAAUCACUUUGUACUUAACCAGUUCUUGAUUUACGAAUGCUUGAUUGGUUGCAGCUUUUCUUCUCUUUUUUUUGCUACUAUAAAAAAUACAAAAAGUUAAAAAAAAAUGCUCUAAUAAUCAGUCAUGUGCUUAUAAUGUAGUACAUGAAUGCUUUUUAUUUCUAAAAUACAUGUGUAAGGACUCUUCCACAUUCUAAAGAUGUGUUAGUGGGUAAUUUUUUUCACUUAUAUACAUAAUAAUAUAAUUUUUUCAAAAAUCCCAGAAAAAAGUGCUACGAAUUUUGAUUUUAUCCAAGUACUAUUUUUUUUUUUACCCAUCUUCCACAAAGUAACACUAACAUUUACUGAUAAAUCUUCCUCUUUGUGUGAUGGAAAAAGUGUACAGUGAAAAUAAUAGUGCUUGACAUCAGCUACCUGAUAUCACAGAGUCAACCUAAUGGUUCUCAAAGAUCCACUUCUUUCUUUCAGGAAUUUUGCAGCAUUCUAGACCUCAUGGGACAAGCUACUGCCCUUUCCUUAGUUGGCAUAAAGUAAAUAUUCUAAUUAUAACUAAAUGAUGAACAGUUCAGAAAUAAUGUUG